AUGAAAUUACUUCAUAUUCUUGCGGUUUUUUCAAUUGUACUAUUUAUUCAUUCAAAUGCUGGUGAAAGACGAACUAAAUCUGUUGGGGAAGAAAUUUUGAAGGAUCAGGCAAUCUUUAGAGGAUUUAAUAAUAUUAUUAGAAGAAACAGAAUAAAUCUAAAACUAGCUGAAGAUGAUUUAAAGUUGUUAUCAGCCAGCGCUGAAGAUAAAAGGAAAUCUGUGGAACAUGAAUUAGAGAAUCUAAAAAAGAACAGUGAGGCUGGAAGAAUGUUAGAGCAAGUGAAAAGAGCAGAAAUCAAUUAUAUGAUAGCAGUAGCCAAUUAUGAAGAAAUUGAAGAUGAAAUUACUGCGCUUCACCAAGAUAUAGCGAAGGCGAAUGCUACUCAAUUGGAGAAAACCCGUGAAUUUAACAGCCUUUUAGAUACAAUAAAAAGUGAAAUCGAUAUUCAGGAACAUGUACUUGAGGAAUUCGAGCAGCAACUCAAAUAUGUUAUCAAGAUUAUAAACAAUUGGUUCAUUGAAGAACAGCUGAGAGAAGCUACAAUACAAUACAAACAUGCACAUGUUGAAUACGAUGGAAAAAAAGCAAGCUAUGAAGAAUUGAAACGGAUCUUAGAUAAGCAAUAUGGUGAAGAAUUCAACGAAAUUACAGAUUUUGAUGUAGAACGUGAAAAAGUGAAGUUAGCAGAGCUUCAAGACAAUCUGAAACUAAAGAAAAAGGAAAUGGCCGGUAUACGAGAUCAGUUGAAAUUGGAGCAAAUUACAAUUCAGGAUUAUAUAGACGAAAUUAAAGCACGAGGAGAUGCACUGCGGACAAACAUUUCGGUAGAUAGGAAAAAAAUGUUAGAAAUACGACAAAGAAUUGUGGGAAUUGAUAAAGAGUUGAAUAGUAAAACAAGUCUACUAACUGAUAUGAGGACUGAACAACAGAAAUCAGAGAAGAAAUUACUUCAAGCUAAAGCGGAGAAGACAAAAAUAAAUGAUAAUGGAAAAUUGAAUAUACAACAAAAGCAAGUAGAAAUCGACAGAAUUAAAAGUAUGAUAUCAAACAUCGAAAAGAACUUACAAGAUUGGACGAAUUACAGAAGAUUAAAGAAUUCUACUGAUGCGGCAAAAGAAAGACUAUUGGCAGCUGAAUCUGUGAUGUUGGAGAAGGCGAAAGCUGUAACCGACUUGGAGGAAAAGUUCGAUCCGGAAUUACUUUAUUCAAAUCGUACGAAAGUCAUGAUAUUGCAUAAGUCUUUACUGGUCAAAGUGCAGUACCGUAAAGAUGAAAUUGAAUUCUUGCAAGAACGAUAUGCCCUCAUAAAAAAUCAAGAACAGAUUGAAUUACAAGCUAUUGAAACAGAAUUAGAGACAUUGAAACUGGAUUUCAUAGAAUCCCAUAUAGAAGAAGAGAAAUUGAAAGCUGAAAUGGAUGAGAAAUACCACUUAAUGCAGGAAGCAGAAAAGUACAUACAUCCAAGUGAAGUGGAUGAAAAGACCGAAAGCUUAAGGAAUACUUCGAAAAUACUACUACUGGAAUUUACAAAAGCGAAACAAAAAUUUCUCUCUGUCACAGAUAAACUGAGAAAAAAGAGACUUAUGUCUCUAAUACAUAGGACUAAUAUAAGAAAUGUUUUGCCAUAUCUUCGAGGCGCUAACAAUACAAUUUACGAAUUACGAGAAGAAUUGAAAAUACUACAGGAAAGAUGUGUCGGAGAAGGUGGUGAGGGAGUGACAGAGGAGUCGGCUGGUCACGGUGAAGGCAAGGAAGAGACGUCAGGUGUCGGAGAAGGUGGUGAGGGAGCGACAGAGGAGUCGGCUGGUCACGGUGAAGGCAAGGAAGAGACGUCAGGUGGAAAAGGAAAUAUUUUGAGGAGCAACUUGACAUUCAGUUUAACAAAAGAUAUUGGUGAUUUAAUAAGCAACUGCAGUCAGCAGAAUAAAACAGGCAAUUCAACACAAGAUUUCAAGAGGUGUAAUCAGAAGUUGAAAGUCAAUGUGACAGUCUCCCUGUCUUUAAAAUAAACUUAGUAUUGUUUUUAUCAAGAAGAUGGAAUUAACGAAUCGGGACUGAAAAUCUUAUCCUUAUUUAAUAUGUGGUUUAAUUAAAAGUGUAAAGUUUUCAGUUAUUAUUCGUUAAGGCUAACCGUAUUUAAUUCUUCUUGUUAUAAAUAUAAGUAGUAGUUGCUUUUAAACAUUAUAAUAUAAUAAUACCUUAAUUCAGAAAAAUGCCUUUAUGAUUAACACACAAUUUUCAGC